AUCUACUGCUUACAGCGUGCAAACAAGCAACCAAACGUCAAAACCAAGGCUAACCAAGCCACCGUAUACCGCUCAACUACACUACCAACCCGAACUAUACCAACUCUCCAGCCAUGUUCAGCACGUGGGAUCUCGUCCGACCGCGCUUCUGGUACCCCAUGUCGUCUCUGGAGCAGUCCAUGAUGGACCUCGAGCACAUGAGCAACCUCAUGAGCCGCUCGCGCUUCCCCUUCGACAUGGGCAACGAGAUGCUGGCGGCGCCCAGCAAUGUUGACGACGACGAAUUAUUCCGGGAUCUGCCUGUGCUCUUGCGCGAGCAGCGACCACGACGUGGAGCUGCAUGGACCCCGACAACGAGGGUCAGCACGAAGCCAUCUGCUCGAAGUGCACGCCCGACGAGUUCGAGACGAUGUGGCAGCAAACGCCGUUCGGGGAGGCGCAGAAGAAGACGAUCAAGGAUCAACAGCGCCAGCAACAGCUGCAACCAGGACAACAGACCAAGACGCUGCAGCAGCAGCCUUCUCAGUCGGAGGCGGAAAAGGAGGAAACGCCGAUGGAGUAAUAAAUGGUAAAGUUGUGUUAUAAUCAUAUUUUCCUAGGAGUCUCUAGCGUCACAUCCUGUGCUUUUGAACUGAUCUUGUCGCUUUGGUCGUCUAAAUAUCGCGAGAAUAAACGCAAUGAUAACAAA